UCGAAAGAGGUUGCUAGCGGUGCUAAUUUGUUAUUGUGCCUCAAAAGAACGCAUGGGAAUUGUUAAAUUCUUUAUUAUGCUCGAUUCUACAGCAUGGAAUUGGAAUGGAUUUUGCAAGAAAUUUAAGAUCUGGAAAUAGGAAGGGAAGCUUUUCGUGAAUUAUUUUGGCGCCAAAUCUAUCUUCAGUGAUAUUGGCCACUCGUCUCUAGAAAAGGGAAGCAUUGUUUACAUCCUUAGUGGCGUUGAAAAGCGUGCAAAGCCGUAAUUAAGGAUUCGAAUGAACUACCCAGAUUGUUCAAUUUAUUAUAUUGGUGUUUAUUUUUGUGGUUAUGCUGAUCUAAAGUUUUUUUUCAAUCAGAAUAUAAGUUGUUUUAGUUUACCUUCGGCGUUCUAGAACUAAAUCAUUCCAAUUUAAGUGCUGGGUACAUUAGCUUUGGAGUACUGAUCAACGAUGUUUACAAGAGAAAAGAACAAGGUAGAUCCUAAUAAGACUAAAACUGGCAAACGAAAAGGCCUCAAACCAGCAUGGGAAACUUUACUAAAGAACCAAGACAAAGCAGAAAUCGAAGAGGCGAGGCAGAAAGGAGAGCAUUGGAGAAACCGUGGGGGUCUUUCCUCUGAUGAAGACAGCGAACAUGAUUAUGAUAAAUACAAUACAUCAGUUAAUUCCCAGUUAAACCUGUCAGGAAGCUUGAAUCGCUCAGCUUCUCAAGGAAAUGGUUGGAUAAGAGGUAGAAGCCAGGAGAAUCUAGCUCAUAAUCAGUCCAAUGGAUUUGCUAGUGCAUAUGAUGCCAUGUUCCAAACAUCACGCGGUUCUAGAGGGAGAACCCGAUCAGCGCCUGGACAUGACAUCAUAGUACAGCAGUCGAAUGGUUUCCCACAAGGCUACGAGAGUAUCUGGCAAAAUAACUCACGCGCUGCUAGAGCAACCUCACCCAUUAUGGACACAUACCAGGAAUCAGAGUUUGCACCUAUUACUGAAGAUUUCCGGUUGUUUCCAGGGCAACCGCCUAUUCCAUACCACCUGGUUGCAAAAAUCCAAAAGGGUGAUUAUGUCAAUUUCCAGGAAUUAUUGCAGGACAACUUGGCACAAAAGGAUAACAGUAAGAAGUUAAUUGAUGAUACAGAAAGAAUAGAAGAUGUGACAAAAUGGAUAGAUUGUAUGGCAUGCUAUAUUGCAAUACUAACACAUUCAAGACCUAGAAGAAUUAAAGAUCUGCUGGUAUAUCAGAGCCACAUAAUGCGCUUAUACCGUGAUAGCCCUGAUAAAAAAGCAUGGCAACGGUAUGAUGUCGCAUAUCGUAGAAAGGCUAGUCUAAAUGGCGCUAAUGACUGGAGUAAUGUUGAUGAGAAUCUGUGGAUUUUGUCUUGUUCUCCUGAGUCAAGGAAAGCUGUGACAUGUCGUCCAUGUAUGUCUGUUGUGCAUGAUGCCAAAACCUGCCCCUACAAGAAUGUCAAAAUUGAAACAGAGGAGAGGAAAAAGAACAUGUGGGGUUUUAACAAGUCAGGGAAACCAAGCACAUGGCAAGAUAGACCCAGGACAAGUCCUAGUCCAAUGCAUGGACUGAAGAAACCACCAGAGGGACUUGAACUCAAAUUUGCUUUUGGUUACCAUGGUUACAAUGCCUGCAACAACCUGUUCUAUACCCAGUCUAAUGAGAUGGUAUUCCAUGUUGCUGCACUGGGGAUUGUUUAUAACAAGCAGAACCAUCAGCAGAGGUUUUACAUGGGUCAUACAGAUGACAUUCUGUGCUUGACUAUUCAUGAUGUUAAGGAUUUUGUUGCUACUGGACAGGUUGGACGGUUUGCUGAAACGCAUAUCUGGGAUGCAACUUCAAUGAAGACAGUUUCUGUGUUGAAAGGUUUCCACAAGAGGGGAAUAAUAUGUGUAGACUUUUCAGGUGAUGGUAAGAAGCUGGCAGAUGUCGGUCUUGAUGAUGACCACAGCAUCUGUAUCUGGGACUGGCGGAAGGAAGAGAAGCUUGCAACGACACGUGGCCACAAGGACAUGAUCUUUGUGCUUGAGUGGAACCCCUUUAACCCGAACCACUUUGUCUCAGUCGGAGAAAAACACAUCAAGUUCUGGACACACAACGACACAAAGAUCGAUAAACGUCCGGUGACGUUCGGCAAAGCCGGCACUGCUGCCACCAUGCUGUGUGUCUGCCACAGUCCGAUUGAUGACCUGUGUUUCGCUGGCUCGGACACCGGACAUGUCUAUGUGUGGCAGAACACGACGCUACGCCGGACAGUCCCAGCUCACAAGGGCGCGGUGUGUUCCAUGUACUCUAUGCAGCAAUCCAAGCAAGAGGGCUAUGUGACCGGUGGUCGCGAUGGCGUUGUUGUCAUGUGGGACAAACAUUUCGAGCAAUGCCUAAAGGCUUUCAAAGUCGAAGCGACCGCUAUGAACCCUGGGUCUGUACUGCUGCAGAAUCUUCCACCAAUCAGAGCCAUCCAUACAGACGAGGACAAGAUACUUGUCGGCACCGGAAAUGACGAGAUAAUCGAGAUUGGAACCGACGGGAUGAUGACCAUUGUCGUACAGGGUCAUGGGGAAGGGGAGGUCUGGGGACUAGCCACACAUCCAUCCGAAAACGAAUGCGUGACCGUGAGUGACGACAAAACCCUGAGGGUCUGGGAUCUAGACAAGGCACUCCUCAAGAAGGUGAAGAAGAUGCGCAAGGGUGGCCGUGCGGUGACAUACUCUCCCGAUGGGGGGUCCAUAGCCGUUGGACAAAACGACGGAGGGUUCUUGAUUCUGGAGGCAAAGACGCUUGAGAAAGUCGUGGGUUACAAGGACCGCAAGGAGGAGAUAUCUGAUAUCAAGUUCUCACCAGAUGGCAAGUUUCUGGCUGUAGGUUCCCAUGACAACUAUGUGGAUAUCUACACUGUCAAGAGAGGGAAGCGGAUCGGUGUUUGCUCCGGAAGCUCAAGUUAUAUCACCCACCUCGACUGGGACGUCAAGGGGCGUCUUAUUCAAACAAAUUCCGGAGCUCGGGAGCACCUGUUCUAUGAGGCCCCACGAGGCGGGCGAAAGACCCUCAGUGCUCCUGCCAUAGAGCGCAUAGAUUGGGCCACAUUCACAGGGGUGCUUGGCCCUUGUGUGAAGGGCGUGUACCCCCCUGGGACUGACGUCACGGAUGUUAAUGCAACUGCACGCACGGAGGAUUACAAGCUGUUGGCCAGCGGUGAUGAUUUUGGGAUGGUCAAGUUAUUCGAGUACCCCGUAUCGAACCGGGCUGCACGCUUCCAUCAGUACAAGGGGCACUCUUCUCACGUGACCAAUGUACGCUGGUCACAUGACGAUCGCGUACUGGUCUCGACUGGAGGACUGGAUACUAGUGUGCUGAUUUGGGAGCGAGUCAAGGCUGAAGAUGACGACAGCAUUGAUGUUGUCGAAGAUAAGGUGUUUGUGCAGCCAAAGUUUAUGCCGACAGGACCCAUUAAGGACCCUAUAGCCAAAGGAAAGCCACAGUUUUAGACACGAAGAAACGUUAACAAUAUUGAGCGGAUAGACGCUGCUAAAACGGGACAACCUUCUUCUACGAGCGUGGGAGACCCUGGGAACAAGACCUUUGCGACACGUGACGCACAGCGCCACUGAAUGUUAAAUAUUGGAUGUCAGUUAUCGAGACUUUAUGACUGGGAUUCCAAAGAUAUAGUUCAAAUCGCGAACGUUAGAGUGGCUCUUGCACGGUUAAAGAGUGAUUUUAGCGUUUUUUUAGGAAAACAGAGAACACUCAAAAUCAUGCAAAAAUAAUUCAGGUUCAUUGAAUGACCUUAUCAAUGCAAUAUUGUGGUUUAUUUUUUAGUGCAAGCGUACAAGCGCCCCUUUUUGUGAUAUUAUCGUUUCUUAUGCUCAUAUCGUUUAAAAGUUGUAUACAUUUAUAUAAUAUGUAACACAAUCUACGGGCUACUAAAAGAUGGCCCGAUCACCUGGGGCCUUAACAUUUAAUUGAUACAGGGGAAUUAGUCAACAGAGUAUUUUAAUUGUAGUUAGAACAUUGGCAUAUUUAAUUCAUACUCGAUAUUUAUAAAGCUAAUCGAACUAAUUUAAUACUUUUUAAAAUAAAUCUAAACAAACGUA